AAUUGGGAGGAUGUUCCACCAGCCAUUCGAGCCGCUAUUGUGCAGUUCUUGCGGGUAAUUAAUUUUUAUAGUUAAUGUAAGUAGGUUAAUAUAUAUGAUGUCUAUUUACUUGUCUAAUUAUUUAAUUGGGACAAGGUAAGUUUGAGAUUGAAGGAUACGAUGAGAGCCCACUCGCACAAGAAAUUAUUGACACAAAGUCACACAUUUGUUCAAAGGCUGGCGAUAUCAUAUGAAUCAACAUUAUAAAGCAUUGGGGAAAUCAUGAACAGAUCCUUAUAGUAAGCCAUUUGUUGGGGUGACCGAAAAAGAUUGGAGAAAUGGUCAGAAAGAGCCAUAGACAAUAGAAAAAAGUUACCCUAUAAUCACACCAUGGGUUCAAGGUUAUUUUCAGCGGCAAUCUCAAUUGAGGGAAUUCAAAAUGGCAAGGAGCCUCACAUUGUAGAUUUUUACAAGACCUCACAUUGGAGUAAGAAAAAGAAUGAUUGGAUUGAACCAAUUUGUGGGGUGUUAUAUGAGAAGAUGGACCAACUUCAUGAGAAAGUUUCACAGUCUGGAGCAACCCCACUCACACAAGAGCAAAUUUCUAUUCAAGUCCUUGGGAAGAAGUCAGGGUAUUUGAAAGGUUUCGGUGUUAGUCCAAAGCCGUCAGCCACUUUCAAGUCUACAGCUAGGUCACAAGCACAUGAUAAAGAGGUUGAGGGCCUUAAAAAAGAGGUAGCAUCACUAAAAAGGAUAAUUCAAUCAUAUGAAGAAUGCUUUGAGCAGUUCAAACACUUUAUGAGACAAAUGCUAGGCGAUCAUAGUGGAUACGACUCUUUUGAUGAAUAAGUACUUUAAAUUUUAUUACAUAUAUUAGUGCUUUUAAAAUAGCAAUAUUUUAUAAUUAACCAACUUGUCCAUUUUGACUCAGACAUCAUUCUCCACGUAUGUCUGUUUGUAAUUCUUCUUCUUCUUUCCUCUUGAAAAUCUUUUCAACAAAAUAUGACAUAAAACAAAUAUGAAA